UUGGUGGUUUGUGUUCUGUUUCAGUUUCUGUUGUUAAUUCGUCAGAUUCUCAUCGCUUAAGAAAAGAAAAAAGAAAAAUAAAAAACCCACAAAGAAUCUCUUUUGAGAUCCAACACCACAAUGCCAAUUUCUCUUUAAUCCUGCCCUAUAACAAUUACGGUUUUUCUUUCUCUAUCAUUCCCAUUGUCCCUCUAAAUUACCACUAAACCCACUCUUUUCUCACUCAAUUCUGUGCCCAGUGUUCAUUGUUUUGGGUUCCCAGAUUCGAUUCACCUCUAAAGUUUUGUUUUUUUGGACCGGAUCAAAAGCUUCAAUUGAGGCUCUAGUGGAUUUGUGGUGGGGUUUUCAUGGUUGUUUGAUUUGUUGACUUUUGGGUUUGAAUUGCUGAUCAUAAGAAGCUGAGAUUGCUGGGAUUUGUGUUUGGUUGGUGUUGCAUGUAGGGAAUUCUUCAGUUUGGGGCUCAAAUUCAGUGAGUUUUGGUUGAAUGCGGAGAAGGAGAUUUCUAAGGAUUUGGAUUUUAUAAAUUUUAGGGUUUUGGCUUUGAUUUGGUGACUCUACAUGUGUAAGCAGUAAGGGGUCCUCUGCUAGACUGUGGAGGAUCCCUAUUAAUUGUUUUAUUAUUUUCCUAAUUAUUAUUGUUGAAGAGGUUGAGAAAUGCAAAUAAUAACAAUCAGUUGAUUUGAAGGCUUUGUUUUUGGCAAGUUGAGGGAUUUUGCAUACUUGGCAUUUUGUGGAUUGGUAUUGAUUGUCGCACAUAUAUAUACAUAAACUGUUUUUGGGAGGGCGAUGUUUGGUUCUAGUACAGCUACCGGCCAUGAAGAUACUGUAGUGGUUCCUAUGCGCUUUGUGUGGCCGUACGGAGGGAGGAGUGUCUUUCUCAGUGGCUCUUUCACUGGUUGGACUGAACACAUAUCUAUGUCACCAAUGGAGGGAUGCCCGACUGUUUUCCAAGUUAUUUGCAGCUUAACACCAGGACACCACCAGUACAAGUUUUUUGUUGACGGAGAAUGGCGGCAUGAUGAACACCAGCCCUCUGUAAGUGGGAAUUAUGGGGUAGUAAAUACAGUUUUCUUACCUAGUCAACCUUAUAUGAAUACUCCAGUUCUUGAUCUUGAGACAUCUGGAUCUAAUAUGGAGCUGGAUGAUGCCUUUUCACGUCCGGGAGCAAUCUCAAGGAUAUCAGAGGCUGAUUUACAGGUUUCUCGUCACCGUAUUUCUGCAUUUUUGUCCAUGCAUACUGUGUAUGAGCUGCUUCCCGAGUCAGGCAAGGUUAUUGCCUUGGAUGUUAAUUUACCAGUCAAGCAAGCAUUCCAUAUUCUUCAUGAACAGGGUGUCCCUCUAGCUCCUCUCUGGGACUUUGUAAAGGGCCAGUUUGUUGGAGUUCUUAGUGCGUUGGACUUUAUCUUGAUUCUGAGGGAGCUUGGAAAUCAUGGGUCCAAUUUGACAGAGGAAGAAUUGGAGACACAUACUAUAUCAGCUUGGAAAGAAGGAAAAUUGCAUCUUAACAGGCGAAUUGAUGGCAACAGGAGAGCAUAUUCUAGACAUCUCAUCCAUGCUGGUCCAUACGAUUCUUUGAAAGACGUUGCUUUGAAAAUUUUGCAAAACAAAGUUUCAACAAUUCCAAUUAUUCAUUCUUCUUCACGGGAUGGUUCAUUUCCACAGCUACUACAUCUUGCUUCUCUGUCAGGAAUACUAAAAUGUAUAUGCAGGCAUUUUAGGCACUCUGCUAGUUCCUUGCCUGUACUUCAACAACCGAUUUGUACAAUUCCUUUAGGUACUUGGGUUCCAAAAAUUGGGGAAUCAAAUGUACCACCAUUUGCUAUGUUACGACCAAAUGCUUCUCUUGGUGAUGCCUUAUCUUUGUUAGUUCAGGCUGAAGUCAGUUCAAUACCAAUUGUGGACGAUAAUGAUUCACUCCUGGACAUUUACUCACGAAGUGAUAUCACUGCUUUGGCAAAAGACAAAGCCUACGCGCAAAUUCAUCUUGAUGAAAUCAGUAUUCAUCAGGCAUUGCAAUUGGGACAAGAUGCAAAUUCGCCAUAUGGAUUCUACAAUGGACAGAGAUGUCAGAUGUGUUUAGGAUCCGAUCCUCUACACAAAGUGAUGGAGCGAUUGGCAAACCCUGGCGUAAGGAGACUUUUGAUUGUGGAGGCUGGUAGCAAGCGAGUAGAAGGGAUCAUCUCAUUGAGUGACGUGUUCAGGUUUCUGCUUGGUUAGCUUGGAUGUUAGCCAUGAUCUGCAUGGAAGUUUCUGCUAUGGUCAUACUGAGGAAGGCUCACUUUAUUCUUGUUAAGUCUCUUCCAUCGCAAGGACCCCAUGCGUCUGAGCCCUGCCCACUUUUUAGGUUAGAAUAUUCAGAGCAUAAAAAGAAUUUGUAAAUUGUGAGUAUUCAAAUUUUCCCCUUACAACCCAUUUAUUUUUAGCUCAAUUGUCCUGCUGGAGCAGCUGUAAAAUGAGGCUUUAAAAGUGCAGUAAACUGCCUGUGGCACUCCAUUAUUGUUGGUGGGCUAUGCGUUAAAAUGGUUCAUUUUCUA